AUGGCACCAAUGUUAACUCCACGAUCAGGCGCUGGUUAUGCAACAGUUAAUCAUUUUAUAUUUGCUUGUAGUGAAUUUGAUGGAACAAUUCGUUUAUCGAGUGUAGAACGUUAUGAUAGUCAAACAAAUCAAUGGACAAACGCGACAAGUAUGUCUGUUCGACGAUGUUAUUAUGGUUCAGCAUUUAUUCGUGGUCGAAUAGCUGUUAUCGGUGGUUAUGAUGGGACAUCUUUACUUGAUACAGUUGAAGUUUAUGAUAGUGAUAAAGAUGAAUGGACAAUUGAAAGUCAAAUGUUAACACCCAGAUGUGAUUCGGGUUUUGCUUGUGUCGCUUAUCGACAAUAG